AUGUGUAUAUCAAUUCAAUAUUUUGUAUGGCCUACUCAAACAAAUAAGAGAUCUACUCUACUAUCAUUAUUAAUGUUCUUUGUUCUCUCUCUCUCUUUCUCUACUUGUAAAAUUAGUACUCAAACCAAAAACUUCACUCUUUCCAUGUAUCGUGUUUGUUUUUGCUUGUUAGUGUCCUUGUGA